CGUUGCACUUGAGCUGCGACAGCCGACGAGCGCGGCAAUGACUAAUUAGCUCAUCGAAAUCCGAUUUCGCCUCGUAACUAGGCGAAUUAUUCACUAAAACAAUAACGUACUCGCGUGCCGCUUUCGUAGUACGGGGCACGGGCCGAUCAGUGCGUCCGCGCGCGCCGCUCGUGCGCGACAUGAGUCUGUACCGCCGCGAGACACAAUACGAGAUCGUCAGCCGGCACGCCCGAGAGCAGCGCCUCACCGUCUCCGCCGACAGGAAGUUCCCCCCGCUCUCCCCGCGACGCGUGAAAAUCCUGGAGCUGUUAAAACCGGACGACCCCGGUCGGGACGAACUCGAGGCGAUCGUCCGGGCGACGCCUAGGAGAGGCCUGAUCAAGCCUUACGAUGAGGACACCUGGCGCUUCCUCCAGAGGACUCAUCCACCGAACGCCCAGUCCACGCCGGUCGCAGAGAAAGAACAGACCAGCCCGAAGAAACAGCCGCGCCAACCGGACUCGAAGCGGGAGCGGUCUUUAGCUGACGAGUUGCGGGAAGCUGAGGAGGACGAACAGAGUGGCAGUCACAUACGUAGAGAGUUAUUACGGGAAUUUCGGAAGCGUGGGGGCGGCAUCAGGGAAGCGUUAGAGCGGGAGCGUUUGGGCAAAUUGGCGUUGGCCGUGGAGGACGAUGAGGAUGACUUCGAAGACGAGAACGGGCUGACGGCGGCGGCGCGGCGGAUAGACGCCUUGCUGGCGGAGUCGCGCAACCUGCACGAGGAGCUGGCCGAGAUCCACGAAGACAUCCAGGCGGAGUCCGACCGCGCUUGCCGGUGCGCAGCCGUCGCCCGCGCGCUCACCGCGCAGUCCCAAGCUGUGCGUUACCUGGACGACGUGGUGGCGUUGCUGCGGGGCAACGUGGCGGCCGCGUGGCGUGUGCGCUCCUGGCCCUUCGCGCUCGGAUGUCGACAGCCAGAGAGGAACUAUAUUAUAUGAACGUUGAACGAUAAGAAGGGUGAAAGGUUUAUCCGCUGUCUCCUGAAGUGACAUCAAGUUUCAUUCAACCGUGGACGUGUUGCAGUGUGGAAAUAGUUUUCACACUAUAAGUACACUAUAUGUUGCUAACCAUUGCUUGUGUGCAGUGACGUCAUGUAAUCGUCAUGACGAAGCUUUGGAGGGUCAAUUAAAGCACUGAUACUCCCUGCAACUGUGUAUACUUUAUAGAAUGAGAAUAAAAUAAGUACUUUUUAAAUGAUAUGUCAAAAGAAAUUUCCUAGUGAGAAUGGACAGAAUUUUCGGUUUUUUUAUAUCAUAAGGGCUUUAUAUGUUAAGGGUUACAGAAUUAUGAUUUGAUUGAUUACUUUAAUGCCUAAGAAUUAGAUUCAGAACAGCUUACAAAAUUUAUUCUCAAUAUUAAUAUUCUGUCUUGUUCUGUAAAAGUGGAUCAUUUUCAUACAAUUCAUUAUCAUGGUGCGAUCAAUUAUAUUACCACUACUUUUAGAUAUUAGAUAAUAUUUUGUAAUAAUUGUAAGCUAGUAGUAACCUUUUUUGCUCUACUUACGUGUGGCAAUUUUAAAGUCACAUAAUAUUAUAGAAAAUGAGUUUUUACCGAAUCAUAAUUUGAAAAUACAAAAUUAUUCACGGUUGCUAGAAUUUAACAAAAUGGAUGAUUGAAAAUAAUACUCAAUUAAAAUAUUUUAAUGUUAGUGAUUUUUAUGAAUAGAUAAGAUAUGGUACAUGUAUAAAGCUUAUCGAUUAAGGUAUUUUAUAAAUUUUCUGAGACUGAUAAUCUAUGGUUAGUGAUAUUUUCCUACUGUAGAUGUAUUUAGUUUGUAUGAUCUCUAUAGACUAUGUUUUAAAUUAAUGUACCUAGGUAAUAAAAAUAUAGUACUAUUUAAAUUUUUCACAGAUAAUUAAUAUCAAUCAGAACCGCAAUGGAAUUUUGUUCCAUAAUAUUUUAAGGCUUCGAGAUUGUUAACAUUUGUAAUAAAAUACAUAUUUCAUUUCUAAAUGUAGUCUAUAUGUUACUUAUUUGUGUUAUAAUCAUAUAUUAUGAUAUUUCAAUAAUUUUAGUCAAUAGUAAUUUAUAUAUGUCAUUAAAAUAAACAUUGAUUGUGUUCAUUUUAAUGAAAUGUAUAAGAAUUAUUCUCACGAACGAUUGUUAUUACUUCGACUCGAAAAGUAAUUUUUCAUCACAGUUUAUUAUGAAUUAAAUAUUCGUACAAUUUUAAA